AUGUCUCAGUUGUUGGAGAAUUUAGACACGGAAUUCAAAAGGUUUUACGAUGGUGAUGAUAUUCGUAACCAUGUCUUAAAGAAAUGCCUCACUGAAACACAUGAGUUCAAGCUUCAGUUAAAGAAGUUAAAGGCGCAUUUGAAUAAACAACAGCAAGAACUUCAGUCCGGUAAAGUGGAAGAUGAGGCCAGUUUUAAUAAGAAACGUCAAUUAAUUUCUGAGAAGUUACGCAAAACACAUAAUGCUUGGGAUGCAAAUAUUCGGAAAUCAUGUAAAGCAGCUAUAGUACAACAAAAUAGGUUCGAGAAGCACGCAGUUAGUAAACUGUUUGAUUUUGAGCUAGAAAAAGUAUACACAAACAGGUUACCACCCCAUGCUAAGGAAUAUGUGGCCUCUGCUAUUGGUAAGCACCUUGCUCGCUAUAAUAUAAGUAAUGUUCCAAUGCGCGAACGUGCUGAGAUAGUUAAUUACAUGAAAACUUUAUACGGUGUUGAUGAACAUAUAACAGAGGAAUAUGUCGAAAUGGGUCAGAUUAUACAGGAUCUCAAGAGCGGGUCUCUAGAAAGCUGCAUGAAGUGGUGUACGCCUGGAUCCAACUUGCAGUUUGAGCUUUAUCUUCUAAAAGCUAAACAGCUAUUGCUAAGCGGGGACAAACUACUCUCGUAUAACUACGUGAUGGAAAACAUUCCAGAUAUGAUGAUUAAAACCCGUAAGUAUUGCAUACGUCGCGAUAUCGGCGCGCUCCUAGGCAAAAUAGUCGUAGGCGGCGAAGAAAGGUUCCAUCUGUUAGAGGAAGAGAUAAAAGCUCAGCUAGAAAAGUGCAUCGCGUUGUUCACAAAGGAUUACUGCAAAGCAAAUAAUCUUCUAUACGAUUCAUCCUUGUUCCUCAUACUUCUUAGUGGUAUUAUUUCUUUCCAAUUUUUUAUCAAGUACCAAACUAUUAGAGCUGCUAGCCAUGUAGACUGGUCAACAGAGGACGAGCUUCCAUUCCAUGUCAAACUUCCUGAUUUUGUGUGCAAUUUUCAUCCUGUUUUCAUUUGUCCUGUUCUCAAGGAGGAAACCACCAUUGAAAACCCUCCAUAUUCAUUACCUUGUCAUCACAUAAUAUCGAAGAAAAGUCUUGACAAGUUAAGUACAAACGGCACCUGUAACUUCAAAUGCCCAUACUGUCCUAUAAUGGCAUCUAAAGCGAAGACCAAGAAGGUAAAUUUUGCUAGAUUGUAG